AUGUUACCCAGCAGUGUCCACAAUGUGAGCCUGGUUUAUGCCCUGGUCUGGGCCAUUGAUAACUAUUAUGGUACGUCCACCAGCACUCCACUGACGAUAGUGCAGUUCGCCACCAGUCGCGAGAGUCGAGCACACCACAAUGACCUGAUCGAUGCCACUCUGGUAAGAUCCUCAGGUACGGGAAGAAUUCAAUUUCUGCUGGAGAAUGAUCGCGUGGAGAUGGUAAAUCCCAAUACUGAAUUACCACCUCCAAGUGGUUUGACUGGCAGACCAACGGCCAUUUGGUUUCUCGACAGCCUGCGAUCCUACUUCCGACUGGAAAUGUACCUAAAUCAGUAUGGUAGCCCAUAUAAGCGAAAUGGAUACUUUGUGGUGGUCUAUACCGGGCUGGAGGAUCAGCCUAUGGAAUCCGUGAAGAUCAUGUUUCGGCGAUUGUUAAAUAUGUAUGUGGUGAAUGUAAAUGUGUUCCUGCAAAGAGAGGGAACGGUCCAGUUGUACACCUAUUACCCUUACGGUCCUCAUCGCUGUCAGUCGUCGAUGCCUGUUUACUAUACCGCCUUUCAGGAUUUACCAGCACCGGCGACCGGAUAUGGUCUCACCAAGCCACUAUUUCCCAGCAAACUAGCAAACAUGCAUGGCUGUCAACUGGUGGUUGUUACCUUUGAGCACCGGCCAUAUGUGAUCAUUGACGAUGAUCCCAGUACUCCAGGGGGUAGGUUAUUGCGUGGAAUUGAGGGUAUGAUAUUUCGAGCCCUGGCUGAGCGACUGAACUUCACUAUUAAAAUGGUUGAGCGGCAAGAUAGGGACCGUGGCGAAAUUUUACCCGAUGGAAAUUUUACCGGCAUUCUGAAAAUGAUGGUCGAUGGCGAGGCAAACAUGACAUUUGUGUGCUUCAUGUACAGCAAAGCACGUUCGGACCUGAUGCUGCCCAGUGUUUCCUAUACCAGUUUUCCGAUCGUCCUUAUAAUCCCGAGCGGUGGAUCUAUGACACCCAUGCAACGAUUAACCCGACCCUUCCGUUACAUCAUAUGGUCCUGCAUUUUGGUUAGCGUGCUCCUCGGGUUCCUGCUGAUUGGCUUUCUCAGGAUUGUUGCUGUGCCGGGAUUGAGAAAUCUAGUGCUGGGCAGGCAGAACAGUCGCCCGUGUUUGGGCAUGUGGGGUAGUCUGCUGGGCGGUCUGGCGCUGUAUAAUCCGCAAAGGAAUUUUGCCAGAUUUCUCCUGCUGAUGUGGCUUCUGCAAACACUAAUUCUUCGAGCAGCAUACACGGGUCAAUUAUAUCUCCUUCUGCAGGAUGUGGAGGUAAGAUCUCCACUCAAGACACUCGCCGAGGUACUGGCCAAGGGCUAUGAGUUCCACAUGCUGCCCGCACUGCAGACUGUUUUCAGGGACUCGCUGCCCAGCACCCGUGUUCAAGUGGUGAACAAUCAAGAGGCAUCACUGUAUCGCCUUCGGGACGAGGACGAUCCGGGUAUAGCGGUGCCACUACUACAGCCAACUGUCUAUCAGUUUGACUAUCGAUCGGGCCCAAAUAUGAGGCAUCUUACCGCCCUGCCCGUGCCCUUAAUGACUGCUCCCCUAACCCUCUAUAUGCGACCGCAUUCCUAUUUUAAGCGACGCAUCGAUCGGUUGCUUAUGGCCAUGAUGUCAUCGGGCAUUAUCUACCGAUAUCGCAGGAUGUAUUUAGACCGAAUCGAACGGCUGGCCAAGAAGCGUAAUAUGGAGCCAAGACCUCUAACCAUUUGGCGGUUGGGUGGGGUCUUCGUCUGCUGUGCAGGAUUACAAAUGCUGUCUGUCCUGAUCUUUAUUCUGGAACUUUUUGCCAGAAAGCAUCCACGAUUACGGAUGGCUUUGAAUACAAUCAAUCGAUACACUGGUUAA